ACUGACAAACAGGUGCUGUGUGACUCGCUGAGCACUGGCUCAUCGCUCAUCGCUCAAGAUACGCCCAGCCACAGGAAUUGGUCGUUGUACAGGAUGAGAGGACGCUACAAACGAAAGGACCGGAGGCAAAGAGGCGAUCGAACAACCGACCUCGCGGCUGGGCUCUCUCCUCUGCCAGGGGAACUCGCGGCGGGCUUGGCCGAGCCACACACACCUGUCCCCGGGUUUACUGUUCAAGAUGUGGGCGGAAGUAAAAAAGCAGGUGCAAGGUGUUCCAUAUACGAUGGCGAGAAGGUCUACCUCGGAGUGCGUGUGAAAAUGCCAGUAAGGGAUCUUCUGAAAAACAUCCGCCUCGCCCAAGGCAUGGCACCUAAAGAUUUGAAGGAGAUCUACAGCAAAACAGUCAAAGGAGAACAGCAACGAGUCAAAACUCGCAAAGGACGCCGAACUGCCAUGAGAAAACACCCCACCAAAAGCCUUGAGGAGCUGUCAAUCAUUGUCGAGGUGCUGGAGGAGGAUCUCAGGACCAGCAACAACUGCCGCUUCCCUCCCCAAUCCUUCGAGCCUCCAGUUUCUCCUGAGUGCUCUUCAACUGGUGCAGGUUACAACAGCGACGAGUCUGAUGAAAUGAUCCCCAGCCCCCAGUCCUACAUGACCUACUCACCAGGCACAGCAGAGAACCACCAGGCCCCGUCCCCUCCCGGAUUCAUGCACAACAGCCUUCAGCUUUACAACGUUGAAAACGUUGGAAGAGAUGGUGGCACAGGGGAGGAGUGGUUUGAUUCUGACUGGAACCUGAACAGCUCUGCUUUCUUCUGGACACAGCUGCAGAAAGAGGAGAGCCAGCUGAGGGACAUCUCUGACGCUGUACUGUUUGCUGUCGAUGAACACGGCAGGACAGCUCUCCAUAAUGUGGCGUGCAUCGGGAUGAGGGCACUGGGCUAUGCCAUCGCCAAAAGGAUGGCUGCACUCAACAGCCUGGACCUCAAAGACUCUGAUGGAAUGACUGCCCUCCUCCAUGCAGCGAAGCACAACCACCACCUGAUGGUAGCAGAUCUGAUCAGUUUGGGGGCCAACAUCAAUGAGACAAACAACUCAGGAAAGUCCUGCCUCCACCUCAGUGCUGAGAAAGGCUACAUCAGAGUCCUGGAGGUUCUAAAACACGCAAUGAUGGAUGGUGUGUAUGUUGAUGUUGAAGCCACUGAUAACUCUGGAAUGAGUGUCCUCCAGUGUGCUUCAGUGGCUCUGAAAGCCACAGUAUGUGAGCUGGAGAGCAACAUAUUCCCCGAUCGCUCCAGACUCCACACGCUCCACCAAGAGCAGAUGAUGGAGACCCUGGAGUGCCUGCUGCAGAUGGGCAGCUACCUUCACAUCAUGGGGAGCCGGAGUAUGCGACCUAUAAUUGGUCGAACAUCUGGCACAUCUGCCCGGCAGGGCUUUUUGGAGACCCAACAGUAAUGUUCUAAGUUAGUUCAGGCUUGAAUUUGUUGUGGAGAGAAAAGAACCCCACUAAUUAUGUUUUUUUCUCCAAGCAUGAGUUCAGGCCUGUCAUGUAAAGCAUCUGAAGGUUCUGUGUGAGGGGAAAAUGCCUGACUUGCAACCAGGUAUUUAUUGUAACCUGCACAGAAACGUUAGGUGCCCAUUGGUUGGUUUCUGUGAAACUUCCAUAGUUUGCUACAUUGGAGUUACUUGUCCUCAGUUAGUGUGUGUUCGUAGAGAUCCACAUGUAAAAUCCUAUGACUAUAUAUUUGAAAUAGCAUUACUAGAAACUAUUGGCUUUUUCACACCAGUUUUAUGGUCCAGUAGUGUUUUAAAGCCUGGUCCCCCUGAUACGAAACUUUCCAGCGGGGAGGGAGAGUGACCUAAAAUGUAAGGCUUUAGGUUCUAUUAUAAUAAUAGAAUGUAACAUUAGGGCACCAGUGCUACAGUUUGUAGUUCAUUGCUGUGUGUAUAUAUUCCAAAAUGUCUGAAAUUGAAUGAACUGGGCCGAUAAAUAUAUGAUCAAGAACUGAUCAGUAGAUGAACAAGGAUUAUUCCCUCGUAAGAACUUGAUAUUUCAAGCCAUAGAAUUUACAUGUCAGAUCUUUGAAGGACUUUUGGACUAGAGGACAUUACAAGUUUUAGUAAGCUUUGUUUGGUGAUGGGGAGUAAAUACACUUUAAUUUGACUCGCACAUAGUUUUUAUCCUGUCAUGUGCAUGUGCACUUCUUGGACCCAUUUAAACCGUACUGCGUCAACUGUUAUGUAACCGUGUUUUUGCAGUUAUUAUGUUUGGAGGAAUACAUGGGAAUAUUUACUUUUUGGUAAAUGCACUUAUUUUUCUAUCUAUAUUAGUUUAAUCUCUUUGCAUUCCAUAGAGUAGCAUUGAGUUGUUUAGCCUAGUUAGCUUAGCUCACUGACUGGAUGCAGGGUAAGAGCAAGGCUAGCAAAGUCAGAGAUGCCUUCCAACAACUCGAGCUGUCAGAAGUACACACUGUAUCAUCUGUAUUUCAUAAAUGCAGUAGAAAACAGAACAUUGUGGUCGGACAAGCAGCUACUGAAAUAAUUCUUGGAUGUACUGCUGGUUGGCAAGUUGGCAACAUACAAACAGGACAGUUUGGAGUUGUUGGAAGGAAUAUUUUUCCUCUUGGCUAGCAUUAAGUCUUUAGGCUAAACUAGGCCAAACACACCCAGGAACAUCUCUCUACUGAACGCAUGAAUAUACAUUAUAAAGUGACCUGACACUGCUGCAGUCCAUUUAAAGGUUUUAUAAGAAAUUGGUUGUAUGUUCUUACUCUCUGCCAUUUAUUGGGUGUUCUUGGGAACUGUAGUACUUGAUUGUGACAACAAAUGUUUGUCCAAUGUGUUAAUAUGUUUUUGUGUUUUUAUUUUAUGUAUCAUGUCAUUUUCUGGGUUGAACUUUGCUCAAGCAAAGAUGCUAGUAUAAGGUUGAAUAAGUUAUCUGAUGGUCUUUUAUGGACAGGCUUUAUUUAAUGAUUAAAGCUCAUUAAAUAGUGAGAGUAGCCUCCUAAAAAGUAAUCAACUUAUUUACUCUUGAAUGAGUGACAGUAUGUUACUUACACAUUUAUGGUUCCUGCUACUCGUGGGGAAUUACGAGAGAUGUCAAAUCGGUGAAAGUGCAAUUGCUCCACGUAUAAGUGAGAAACUACUAAAAGCCUUUACAGUGGGAAUGUUACACAAGUGUUUGUAGGGGAUUUUGUUUUAGUGUUUUAAUAUAUAGAUGAGUUGGGGAUUCUAGGGUACUGUUUGUAUUAGAGUAUUUUCUAUUUUGAAAACUAAGUAAGAAAAGUGUGGACUGGAUUGUGUGAGUCAGUUUUUAACUUUAAAGAUGUCACCAGUGUUUCCUUCAUGCUGUGUUUGUAUGGCAUUAUGAACUGUGUCAUGUGAUGCAUACAGAUUACUGUUGUACAGACAGAGCUGCUCAACAGACUGAAGAUAUGUCAUAGUUUCAGCCAAAGUUUGUCUAUAUACAAAUAACUAAUAAAUAGCAAAUCAAGACAUUUGAUCACAUAAAUAAGAACAUAAUUAGUACCAAUUACCAAGUUCUUAAACUCAUGAUCAUGUUACUCUCGAUCUUCAUAGAUUAAUAGGCUAGCCUAAAGGCUGAUAUCAGUCUCAAUCUCAAAUGUUUGCUCUGCUCUUAAGAAAUUACAUUUCACACAAAUGGAACAUCACAUGCAUAAUACAGUCUUUUUGACCAAAAAUCGCAUUUUUAAUGCAUAAUGCACAAUGAUUCACAUUGGUGAUAGGUGUCACAAUUUAUGUUUCUGUAACAGUAUAUGUAUUUUCAUCUUAAAGAAAUAAAUAAACAUCUAAGUUUGGUAAA